AUGAACGUGGCACAGCUGCCCCCGGAGGUGAUCCGCCAGACCAUCGCCUUUACAUUCGGCAGCGUUCUGGACGUUCUCAGCCUUGGCGUGGUCAACCGCCAGGUGUCCGAUGUGCUCCGGGAGCUCGGCGAGAGUCUCAACGCGAAGGUGACGGUCGGUUCCUUGCUCACGGUCGGCUCGAUGGCUUUCUUCGCUGGCCUUGGAAUUUUCGACUUCGUCACGGACUUCAUCGUGAUGCUGCAGUACGGAUGCUUCCUCGACAACUCCUUGACGCCGGAUUGCCCCAUGCCGGAAGCGAACAGCACUGCCGCCGCGAACGUCACCUUGGACCUCGAGCUCCCCGAGUGUAAACCCCACUGGGCCUGGUUCGGGAUUGCCCUGACAUUGGUGGUCCUGUCCACACUCGUGCCGCCUUGUUGUUGGGCAAUGAGAAAAGCGGGGAUGUUAGCAACGCAGGAAGGGAUAAAGAAUCGGAAUCGCAACCGGUUGUUUUUCUACUGCCUCGGAGUCGCUCAGCUCUCCCAAGUUUGGGAUCUGGUGCAGGUGCUCCGUAAAGGUGAUACCGAAAUUCCAAUAGGUGAUAUGGAACCUGCUCACGUAAGGAACUACGGGGGGUCAGGCGCGAUAAGAAAUUUAUUGACAGUGGUUUUUGAAAGCGCCCCUCAGCUGUACCUGCAGUCCUACGUCCUGUUUGCACUUGGCGCCUAUGGACAGACCUUCAAGGUGAUGUCCGUUUGCAGCUCAGUCUUGUCUCUUGCAAGUUCAGCGGUGAUGGCUGCACCGACUGUUCUCCCCAACAAAAGGCUGGCUUCGCUCUGGCCGGGCAAGGUGCUUGCGAUGCUCUUCAUUGCCACUGAUGCAGCAGUCCGCAGCAUUGGCUUUGCGAUGGUGCUUUCCGAGCCCGUCAGGGCCUACGGCUUGCCAACGAGCAUCACCUUCUUCCUCUUAUGCAACAUCUGCAUCUGUCGGUCUGACGUGGGUGUCCACCGGGCAGAGGCUGUAUUCUUUCUCCCAUAUAUCGUUCCGGUCUAUGUAUUGCUGCAGGACAAGAAGGCGUAUCGAGCAAGCAGGAUGGAAAUUGUCCUGGCGCUCCGAUACAUUGAGACCAUCCUAUUUGGCAUUCUUGCAGGCACAUUGGGUGAAACAGCUUGUGGAAGCACUCUCACCACCGAGCUCGGAAUCUACUUCGGCAUGCUGGUGGCAAAUGCCCUGUCACUAGUGUUGUUCCAGUGCUUCGUAGAUGAUGACGGCGAAUUCAGCACACCACGACAAUCCACCUACAGUCCCGGGCAAAUCCUGGGCCGUCCCAUGCAGAGAAUGCCCGACACAGAGUGA